AGAUCUCUAUGGCAUCGGCGGUAGCGUCGUUGCGGUUGGCCGACGGGGGCUAUUGUAGCCCCCUCGGGUAUUAGCGGGCUGUUUGAUUGCGGGCCGUUUUGAGGAUGCCCCUUGGCGAGUACGCCUUCGUGCGGGUCGCGGGCAAAGGCAGCUACGGGGAAGUGAGCCUAGUGCGACACCGGCGCGACAAUAAACAGUUUGUUAUUAAAAAGCUGAACCUUAAACAUGCAUCCAGCCGUGAGAGGAAAGCAGCAGAGCAAGAAGCCCAGCUGUUGUCUCAGCUAAAACAUCCCAAUAUCGUCACCUACAGGGAGUCCUGGGAAGGGGAAGAUGCCCUUCUCUAUAUUGUUAUGGGCUUCUGUGAAGGAGGGGACCUGUAUCAUAAGCUGAAAGAACAGAAAGGAAAACUUUUGCAAGAGAAUCAGGUGGUGGAAUGGUUUGUUCAGAUUGCUAUGGCGUUGCAGUAUUUGCAUGAAAAGCACAUUCUACACAGAGAUCUCAAAACUCAAAAUGUUUUCCUGACACGUUCAAAUAUCAUCAAAGUGGGAGAUCUGGGAAUAGCUAGAGUGUUGGAAAAUAAGUACGACAUGGCCAGUACUCUCAUAGGCACACCGUACUAUAUGAGCCCUGAGCUGUUCUCAAACAAGCCUUACAAUUAUAAGUCUGAUGUUUGGGCUUUGGGUUGCUGUGUCUACGAAAUGGCGACAUUAAAGCAUGCUUUCAAUGCUAAAGACAUGAAUUCCUUAGUUUAUCGAAUUAUUGAAGGAAAGCUGCCACCAAUGCCAAAAGAUUACAGUACUCAGCUGAAAGAACUAAUAAGAACUAUGCUUAGUAAAAAGCCAGAAGAAAGACCCAGUGUGAGAAGCAUACUGAGGACACCAUAUAUCAAGUACCAGAUCUCUCUGUUUUUGGAGGCCACAAAAGCAAAAACUUCAAAAAAUCAUAAGAAAAUUUCUGAUGCCAAACCCCAAAGUUCCUCAGUAGCCUCAGGGAAUAACGCUGAACCUGAAAAAAGUAUAAACAAGAAUGGUUUGAACAGCACAGAUGUAUCUAUAGCUACGAUGAGCAAAGUGGACAUAGUUAUUGUUCCCCUGGAAAAGAGGAACUCAAAAAAUGAAUAUUCAGUAGAGGAUAACAAAAAGAGGUGUUCAUGUCUUCCCAGUGAAUCAGACUUGGAUACAGCAUUAAAUGGCCCAGUGUUUAAAGAAGACAAGUUACAGAAAAUCACGAAGCUGUAUUCCAAGACAGAAAAUGUAGAUUUUAAGAAGACCGUUGUUGGUGAAAUGGAUGGUAGCAAUGACACCAUGAAACUUCUUCAGCCUAUUUCAGAGGCCCCAAACACAAGUGAUCAAAAUCUGGAUUCUACUGAGAAACUGCUGGCACCGUGUACUCCUGUAGUAAUUCUUGAUGAAGCCAUCUGUGGAAACCCAGCAGAAAAUAAAGGUAAAAUUCAGAAUGAAAGCACCUAUUGUUUUCAGCCCCAAGGAUCUGAUUAUGAGCCUUCCCUGUCACGACAGCGACGACAUAAGAAAAAAGAACAAUUAGAGGCCUUUUCAGAAAAGGCUACAGCACAUGUUCCUCAGCCACUGCCUUCUCUUCCUGAUGUGAAUACAAAGACAAGAGAAGAUUGCACAGGCAAGCAGAGUGCUGCAAUUACAAAGUCUUUAAGCAGAUCAAGCAGCACUGAGGUAGCAUCUUCUAAGGAUCGGCCACUGUCAGCACGGGAGAGGAGGAGGCUAAAGCAGUCUCAAGAAGACAUGGUUCCUUCAGGGCCUGCUGCAAGACGAGCGUCUCAUAGUGAAGUAACAGAAAUGAAAUCACUAGAGGAAGAGAGUGUUCAUCAAAUUGCUCAGUCGUCUUCAGAGCCUAGCAUUUGCAAGAAGAAGAGCUUAAGUGGUUGCUUUUGCGAGGAUGAGCUGAGCACUUCUUCCAGUUCCACUGAAAAAUCAGAUGGAGACUGCAAAGAAGGAAAAACAAACGAGAUGAAUGAUUUGGUACAGUUGAUGACUCGAACACUGAAUAUGGAUAAUAAAGAAAAUCGUGAACAGUCUGCAGUACCAGCUCCCGAAUCACAGUUCAGGCUUAAUAGAAAAUACAGAGACACCCUUCUCUUACAUGGGAAAGUAUCAGAAGAACCAGAUGAAUUCCAGUUUCAGGAGGUUUCUUCAGAUAUUCUGUCUGGGCCUGAGAAGAUCAGGAGACUAGUUGAAAUCUUAAGGGCAGACGUAGUGCAAGGACUUGGAAUGAAACUUCUGGAAAAGGUGUAUGAUGUUAUGGAGGAGGAGGAGGAACAGAAGAGAGAGUUGUAUUUGCGGGAGCUGAUGGGAGAAAAGUACACCUCUUACAGCAUGAAGGCUCGUCACUUAAAGUUCUUAGAAGACAACGUAAAACUCUGACAGAUACCACCAUUGAACCACUUCUGCUUGAAGGAAACAACAAAACUCUAGUCAACAAUUCUUUGAGGUUCAGAUUUUUAUUUUUCUAUAUAGACUAAGUUGUCUGAUUUUCUUUAUCAGUUGUCGAACUAAGUUCUGACCAAAUUAGCUUAUUAUAAAUAACAAUGUAUGUUUAAAACCUAGUGCAAGAAAUGUUUGGCACGCUUAAAAGCUCAGUUUUCUGUCACUGCACAUGGCAGUUGCAUGUAAGAGUACAGGAUUGUAACCAGAGCACAAGGUUGCCUCAGAAUACUCCAUUUUUCGUAUAAAAGUUAUGAUGAGGGAAAUGAGGGAUGAGUGAGAAAUAACUCAGCAUUUAAAUCCUGUUCUGUUGCAUUCUAGAUUACAAAUGAGCAAUCUGUAGGUAGGGAAAAGCUAGUUUUUAUAGUUGACCAUUUUAAAACUCAUUUUGUAACAACUACAUAAACUUUUGUAUUUGCAAGACUUUUUGUGCAAUCAAAAGUAUACCAACUAUAAUGAAUGCCUUUUCCCAAGAUACCUGACAGUUCUAGUGCUGUUACCAUGAAUUAGAAUUUGUUUCUUUGGGCCAAAAACUUGACUACAAAAGAGUAUAAAACACUCUAAUGUAUGUACAUUGUUUGCUACUUCAUCUCUGGUUUUAUAGUUUAUUAUACCAAGUUUGGAUGAUGUAGAAAUAUACAAGGUCUUUAGAUUUUAUAAAACGUAAAGACUAAACCAUUAUAGUGUAAAGCUGAUGGAAUGAUUUCUCAAAAUGUGCUGUCUGAUUCAGGGUCUUGUCAGCCAGAAAUUUGCAUAUUUGAAAUAAAUUGGUUUUAAAUAAUAUAAAUUAUAUCACCUAAUCUGUGGGACCAUGUCCCCUAGCCUGGAAUGUAUUAUCUUUUGUCUGAAUGUUUUUUGAAGUAAUAAAGUAACUUUUUGUAAAUAAAAAACAUUGAGUCUUCACAUUUUUUAGGCAUAAAGUCCAACACCAAUUACUUGAUAUAUUUUUCAUCCACUCUAGUCAUUGUUAUAAAAGCUAACUUGCAUUUGUUGAUAAAG